AGGUGCGUGAUACGCUCUCACAUUGUUCGUUACUGACGGUUAGCAUCUUUAACCACCGUUUUUUCGAACCCUGAAAAAUCGAAGCCUCUACUUUUCCCCAUAGUGCAAGGAGGGGGACAUGGCCUUCACCAUUCCCAACUAUAGACUCACUUGCUUUUCUACCUUUAAUCAAAACGCAUCGUAUUAUGUCCAAUUCCACUGCCGGAGACCGACGGCGACACCGCGCAUAGAAUCACCGAGAUUGCCAGUAAUUCGGUGCUCAAGUAUAAACCCUAACGGCAACGAAACUCUGAGAACGUGCAAGAACUGCAAAACCCAAUUCGACCCUUCUCUCAAUCAUCCUCGCGCCUGUCGCUUCCAUACUGCCCAUUUUGGAGGGGAAACAAAGAGGAAGUUCGAGAGUGUUUACAGUGGAGGCACUAUGGAUACUCCUGACUCUGGCCAAGUUUUUCAAUACUGGCAUUGCUGUGGCUCUGAAGAUCCUUUUGACCCCGGAUGUACUGCUGCUCCUCACUCCUCAUACGAUGACUAACGUAGUUGACUUUAUUCUUUCUGCAACCAAUGCACGAUUCUGUUUAUGGCAUAAGAUUCUCAUUGUUACUAUUAUUUCUGUUUUCCAUAUGAAAAUGCUCAAUUCUAUUGGAUGUUUACCAUAGCCAUAGAGAUUUCAGUAUUGAAUUCGUCCUAAAUUGCAGCCUAUUUGAAAAGUUGUACCAAUACAUACUUUUUGGCAUAUGUUUUCAUUUUUUCAUUUGUUCAAUGGCUCGAAUAAGCGGCAUGAUCUUUCAAGUCAUGCUACUGAAUAUAACAUAAUCAGAUUAUCUAAAAAAA